AUGAAGUUUUUCUCCAAAAUAUCGUCCAAAAAGCCAAACUCCGCCGACGAGGAGGAGGACCAGCAAGCCGCCUUCUUCGAAUCGUCGCAGCCAUCCUCGCCCACCAAGUCUCCCACCAAGUCGCCCACAAAAUCUUCAGGUUCCCGGUCGCCCACUAAAAAGCCCUCUUCUUCGCAGCGUGCCCCCUCGCCGAACUCGCGCGAGUCCAAGCCGCAAACCCAGCGCACCUCGCGCCCCUUUGGGCGGCACCCAACCGACGCCGGGCGCCGUAAAAAGAUCGACCCGGACACUCACCCCCUCAACCUGCCGCCCGAGCAGCGUAAGCGCUUCUCGGAACUCUCUGCUAUGAGCGCCCGCAAUUCAAUGGAUGUCGACAAAGAGCCCGUCAACGGAGGCAACCCCUCCUCGCCUCCUCCCCCCCCUCCGCAGGCGCCGCCGCCGCAGUACCAGCCGCCACGCCCGGCGAACCCGCCCUCCCAUCAGAACACCUUCACCGUGCCUGUGACUAACGGUGCCGAUGUGCCGUCAACAAACGACACCGCUGACGAAGAAGUCCCCGCUCCCCCGCCCCACCGAUCGCAGCCUUCCAGCCCUGUGCAAUCAGAUGCCGAGCAGGCCGAGACGUUCAAGAAUGAGGGCAAUAAGUUUUUCAAGGCGGGCGACUACACCCAUGCCGUCGAGUUCUACACCAAGGGUGAGUCCAGGCUGAACCAAGUCCCACGUCGUACAGGCGGCGAGUCGUUCAUGUCUGCCGGCAAAUACAGUGAUGCCCUAGAGGACUGCAAGCGGGCUGUUGACUUGGAUCCCCGCAAUCCUAAAAUUCUCCUCCGCCUGGCCCGUAUUCACACGAGCCUAGGCCAGCCCGAGGAUGCCAUUGCCACAUUCGGUCGCAUCCAGCCGCCGCCGUCCGCGAAGGACAUGGCUCCCGCCAAGGACAUGCUUCGUCAUCUCCGGGCAGCACAGCAGGCUCUCCGGGAUGGCACGGCCGCAUCCAUGGUUUUGUAUCCCCUUGACAUGGCGGAGAAGCUGCUCGGUGUCGGCGCGCUGAAGCCCAGAAAGUGGCAGCUCAUGCGCGGCGAGGCCCUCUUGAAGAUGGGUGACGCCAACUCUCUUGGUGAGGCCCAAAACAUCGCCAUGUCCCUCCUGCGCAUGAACAGCCAGGAUCCCGAGGCCCUGGUGCUGCGUGGCCGGGCCCUGUAUUCGCAGGGCGAGAACGACAAAGCCGUCCAACACUUCCGGAAGGCACUCAGCUGUGAUCCCGAUUUCAGAGAUGCCAUCAAGUGGCUCCGGACCGUCCAGAAGUUGGAGAGGAUGAAGGAGGAUGGUAAUACCCAAUACAAAGCUGGUCGGUGGCAAGCAGCCCUCGAUCUCUACACUUCUGCCCUUGACGUCGACCCGGCGAACAAGGGAACCAACUCCAAGAUUCUGCAGAACCGCGCCCUGUGCCGCAUCAAGCUCAAGCAGUACGAUGAUGCCAUCACCGACUGUGAGAAGGCGGUCAGCCUCGAUCCCCAGUACAUGAAGGCCCGCAAGACCAAGGCCAACGCUCUGGGUCUGGCGGAGAAGUGGGAGGCCGCCGUCCGGGAGUGGAAGUCGAUUCAGGAGCUUGACCCCGAGGAUCGGACGAUCGCCAAGGAAGUGCGGAAGGCGGAACUUGAACUUAAGAAGUCGUUGAGGAAGGAUUAUUACAAGAUCCUCGGUAUCGAGAAGACGGCGACCGACAACGAGAUCAAGAAGGCCUACCGGAGACUGGCCAUUGUCCACCACCCCGACAAGAACCCUGGCGACGCCGACGCCGAAGCCCGCUUCAAGGAUAUCAGCGAGGCAUACGAAACACUGAUUGAUCCUCAGAAGCGUGAGCGUUACGACAGCGGCGUAGACCUGGCCGACCCGUCAGACAUGUUCGGCGGCGGCGGCAUGGGCGGCAUGGGCGGUGGCAUCGACCCCGAGAUCCUGUUCUCUAUGAUGGGAGGCAUGGGCGGCGGUAUGGGCGGUGGCAUGGGAGGAGGCAUGGGUGGCGGCGGCCCCUUCGGCGGCGGUGGUGGCGGCGGCUUCCCUGGUGGCCCUGGCUUCUCGUUCAACGACCGGGGCCGCGGCAGAGGAGGCUUCCCGCAAGGCUUCCAAUUCUCGUGA